GAUUCGUUUUGGAAUGAAGAAAGCCCAGUCGGUGAAGUGGAGCGGUUGCUACGGGAGUACAGACAGAACCAGGAGCUGGUGCGGAACAUCGGCGCGCACUACUACCAGAUCAUCUACCCCGUACAGCUGCGCCACCACGAGAAGAUGGGCAUCUCUACAAGGGAGGUCAACACGCAGAAGGGUCGAGGUUACGGAUCGGACUACCAGCAGGGCACGAGGUCACGAGCAAGGACCGGCAAACACUUUCAUCGAACUUCACUCCUCAUCAAAGCUUUCAAUCACAAGUUUAGACUGGACCUCGAGCUUAACACGCAACUACUAGCACCGAACCUGAAACAAACCCAGUACCUCGCGAAUGGCGCCGAAAGUGACAUUCGAACCGAGAUCGAGCACUGCUACUACCACGGCACAGUCAAGGACUACCCCGGAGCCUCAGCCGCCUUCCACACCUGCAACGGGGUGUCUGGCGUCAUCCACAUCGGCAACGAGACCUUCGUCAUCCACCCCUUCUACGGCGGCGAUCUAUCGAAGCACCCACAUGUGAUAUUCGAGGCGCGGACCAAGGCGAACAAGGGCUGCGCCAACAAGCUCGAGUUCCGGCCCAAGAACCGCCGCCAAAAGCACGUGUCGUUCGUGGAAGAACCGCUCGGCGAUGACCCUGGGACCAUAGACAACAACCACUCGAAAGACGACCGCGCGUGGCGCUGGUGGCACGAGUCCGGUCUGCGCGCGCUGAAUCGACGCAGGCGCGACGUGCGCGAGACCACCAAGUACAUCGAGACCGCGCUCAUCAUUGACAAGGCCAUGUUCGACAGAAGAAACGGCAGCACGCGGUCUGAGGUCGUCCACGACGCGAUACAGGUCGCCAACAUCGCUGACCUGUACUUCCGUACCCUGAACACGCGGGUGUCCCUGGUGUACAUCGAGUCCUGGCAGAGCGCGGACCAGGCCGACAUUGACCGCAAGCAGGAUAUCACGCGCGCCAUCCUCAAAUUCAGUGACUACACCGCCCGCAAGCUCUUCAAGAUCGACAAGGACACCACGCAGCUGCUCACCGGCCUCACGUUUCCUGGUGGGGAGUCCGGCAUAUCAGUUCCCGACACGCUUUGCACGCCCAAGUCUGUGGGCAUCUCAGUGGACACCAACACGUACGAACCCCAUCUGCUAGCCGGCACCAUGGCGCACAUGAUCGGCCAUAAUAUCGGCAUGGGCCACGACGACGGACGCGAACAGUGCUUCUGCCGCGACUGGCACGGCUGCAUCAUGGCGCAGUCCAUCGUGGGCUCCGACAACGUGCAGCCCUACAAGUUCUCCGACUGCUCCAAGAACGACUACAUCAACGAGCUCAGGAUCGGACAGGGGCUCUGCUUGCUCAAUAAGCCCAAUGAAGUGAUACACCAUCAAUGCGGCAACGGGAAGCUGGACGAGGGCGAGGAGUGCGACUGCGGCACCAUCUCCGACUGCCAGAGCCUCAACCCUUGCUGCGACCCGUUCACCUGCCGCCUCACCAAGGAGGCCCAAUGCGCCUCGGGAGAGUGCUGCGAUAGGUGCCAGCUAAAACCUCGCGGGGUGAUCUGCCGUGAUGCAACCAACGAGUGCGACCUCGAAGAGAUGUGCACCGGCCUCUCUGGUUCGUGUCCACCCGACGCUUACCGAAAGAACGGGGAACCUUGUGAGGAUGGCAAGGGGUACUGCUUCGCUGGUCAGUGCCCGACCCUCAGCCUUCAGUGUGAGAGGAUCUGGGGGCCCGGCACCAUUGGCGCCGACAAGGAGUGCUUCGAACAGUUCAACUCGAAGGGAGCGGUCACGGGCCAUUGCGGGAAAGACAACAGUGGGCAUUACAUCAAGUGCGAGACUGAGAAUGUAAGAUGCGGCUCGCUGCAGUGCCAGCUUGGCAACCGAUACCCGGUCGUCCCGGGAAUGGACGAGUAUUACACGAGAACCGUCAUCACUAUCAAGGGCAACGAGUAUGAGUGCAAAGCCACGACAGGCCUGCCAAAGCACGACGAGAUCAGUCCCCUCGGCCUGGUGCGCGACGGGACACCAUGCGGGGACAACCUGGUCUGCGUCAACCAGACUUGCACCUCCAUCUUCCCAUACAUCGACCAUACAAAGUGUCCCACCGACCACAAUAACAACGAAUGCUCUGCUAAAGGGGCUCAUUACUGGAUCCUCUUGUAUACCUAG